CUGCCCUCUCUUCCAGGUGCACCUCCGGCCCCACAAGAUGUCCUGCUACAACCAGUGCUCCCCCUGCCUGCCCUGCCAGCCCUGCUGCCCGACCCCGCUGGCCAACAGCUGCAACGAGCCCUGUGUCAGGCAGUGCCAGAACUCCACCGUCGUCAUCGAGCCCUCCCCCGUGGUGGUGACCCUGCCGGGACCCAUCCUCAGCUCCUUCCCGCAGAACACCCUGGUGGGAUCCUCCACCUCCGCUGCUGUUGGCAGCAUCCUCAGCUCUAACGGAGUGCCCAUCAACUCUGGCUGCUGUGACCUCUCCUGCAUCACCAGCCGCUACUGCGGGAGAACAUGCUAA